AUGGAUACUUGUCGCGGCCUGGAACCUAAUUUGGGACCAAUAAGGAUCAAUAGUAGCAUUGGGUACAACGGUACCGCAUCAGGCAGGUUGCGUCAUCAUCGUUUACAAAACCUCGGAAGACAUUGCGUGCCUAAAAGCUACCUCGACCUAACACUGAGGACAUGGAGGGUCAUGUGGCCGUGCACUUCUCAGCCAGCUCCGGCAACUUCCUGCCUUCGACCCAUUUCGAGGACUUCCUUAACAUUUCUCUUACAGAUGCCGAAACUGCACCUUUUUCGUCCAAAAUCCUUCAUGUCUAUAGAUGGAAAAGUAGGGAUUAGACAUAAUUUUAUAUUUCAAGAUGAUAGUGAUGUUGAACAACACACUGCCCUUAAAAGAAGAGAAUGGGUUUUGUACAAUGUACCCAACCAGUUAGCAAGCCCGCCUCAACCUCCAGAACUAAACACAAUUCAGCGCAGUUCAUUCCACCUGAACUUCAAAGUUCGGAAACAAAAAGUUCCGGCAGGAAUCAAUUAUAUGAAAUGA